AUGCUGUAACUUUCUUAGCUACAGUUCAUUAACAACUCAAACCAGAAUAUUAGUUCGUUGAUAUUAGAGCCUUUAGAUCAGAAUAAAUACAAGCAUAGACUAAAUGAAGAUCAAACAGCCACCCCUAGACUUACCAGUAGACAGCAUAAAAAGCUUACUACCAUCUAAAGCUCUCUUGAAAAUUUACCAAUAGUUAGGAAUGUCAAGGAGAAGUAUGGUCUCUAGGGAAACAAUGAAUUAGACAGGAUGACGACAUUGGACCAGCAGAACAAGAUUAAGUUUGAGAAGAGAAAUAAAGGCGGAGGUAAAAAUCUACCCCCUUUAAAUGAUGAGGCUGGCAGCAAAAUUGACAGCUAAUAAUUUGAAAUGAAAAUGUACAAACACCUUUAGCCUAGGAAUUCCUCAGUAAACCAGGAUCUUUCUUAGUAUGAGCACCUUACUAUUAACCCAAUAAAUCAGAAUAGCAAUAUAAACUCUGAGGAAUUCAAGAUCUCAAACGUAAAGAACGGAAGUGUCAAUGGAGGGGUAGGCGGCCAUUAAGGUCUUCAAAUUUAGCAUAAAUAUUCUUUGGAAUCCCUGCCAAUGAUAAAUAUGAAUAGAUCUCCACUGAAUGGUAACAAUGGAAAUGGUUAGGGUAAAUAAAUUAAUGUAGCUUAGUAGAGACAUGAUCAGUCCAUAUCAUUUAUGGAUGAGAAGUCAUUUAUGUUUGAGGACUCUGACAACUAGGACUGGUCCAAAAACAUAAAUAAAAAGAAGAAACUCAAAGGGGCAAUCAAUAGCUAGCUGCAUUAAGCAGGAGGACAGUAGUAGUAGUUGCCCUCAGCUAUUGUGAGAUAGUCUGGAGUUAACAUGUCAAUUUAGGAAAUUACCAAGUAAGCUAAUGAUCAAGGUAAUAAAUUUUCAUUCCCAAAGAUAUGA